AUGGAGGGAGAAGAGCAAUUCGAUGAUAGUGGGCUUCCUGGCCCUGGUGCGCCCACCCCGCUUUCUGCGCUCGACGGUGUUUCUGGCUUGACUGCUAGGGAUAUUAAGUUGUUCGUGGAUGCAGGGUAUAACACUGUCGAGUCUAUCGCCUACACGCCUAAGCGGUUGUUGGAACAGAUCAAGGGUAUCUCGGAACAAAAGGCCACCAAGAUCCUAGUAGAAGCCUCAAAACUGGUGCCCAUGGGAUUCACCACGGCGACCGAAAUGCAUGCCCGGAGAAGCGAGCUCAUCUCGAUCACAACGGGAUCCAAGCGUCUUGACACAUUGCUCGGAGGUGGUGUUGAAACGGGGUCGAUCACGGAGAUUUUCGGAGAGUUCAGAACGGGAAAGAGUCAGAUUUGUCACACUCUCGCGGUAACCUGCCAGCUGCCUUUUGAUAUGGGCGGUGGCGAGGGCAAGUGUCUUUACAUCGAUACAGAGGGGACUUUCCGUCCAGUGAGAUUGCUUGCGGUCGCGCAGCGAUACGGUCUCGUUGGAGAGGAGGUCCUUGAUAAUGUGGCAUACGCACGAGCAUACAACUCGGAUCACCAGCUCCAGUUGCUUAACCAGGCCUCCCAGAUGAUGUGUGAAACGAGAUUCUCCCUUUUGGUCGUUGACUCGGCGACAUCUCUGUACCGAACGGAUUUCAACGGUCGUGGUGAGCUCGCCUCACGGCAGAGCCAUUUGGCUAAGUUCAUGCGUACUUUGCAACGCCUUGCCGAUGAAUUUGGAAUUGCAGUCGUCAUCACGAAUCAGGUCGUUGCCCAAGUCGAUGGUGGCCCCAGUGCCAUGUUUAAUCCGGAUCCCAAGAAACCCAUUGGUGGUAAUAUCAUCGCUCACGCCAGUACCACUCGACUCAGUCUGAAGAAGGGCCGAGGUGAGACUCGAAUUUGCAAGAUUUAUGAUAGCCCAUGUCUUCCAGAGAGUGAUUGCCUUUUCGCUAUCAAUGAUAAUGGUAUCGGUGAUCCCAGUGAGAAGGACUUGGAAGACAAGUGA